AAUAAUUUCUAUUCAGUGAUAUCAUACCGACGAACUUAAAACGAAAGCGACGAAUUAUUGUACACUGUAUAUUGAAAUAUUGUUUGGUCACUCGUUAUGGUCCGUGAACCAAUUGUCAGCUCAAGAGGUUAACCUUUUGACGUCGAGAAUGUUUUGUUCCAAAAUUGUCAAUAUUUUUUCAAUUUUAAAUGUAUUUAAAUAUAAAAGGAAAUUAUUAAGAAAUAAUGAAUUUAUUCAGAUAAUAAAUUUAUUACUGCUUAAUAAUUUCUAUCCAGUGACAUUAUAUCGACGAACUAAAAAAGAAAGCGACGAAUUAUUGUAUAUACGAUUUGGUCACUCGUUACGGUCCGCGAACCAGUUGCCAGUGCAAGAGAUAAUAAAUUUAUUACUGCUUAAUAAUUUCUAUCCAGUGACAUUAUAUCGACGAACUAAAAAAGAAAGCGACGAAUUAUUGUAUAUACGAUUUGGUCACUCGUUACGGUCCGCGAAC